AUGGUGACUCCGGUUGAUCCACCAAAUGGAAUUAGGAAUCAAGGGAAGCAUUACUUCUCAAUGUGGCAAACACUGUUCGAGAUCGAUACCAAAUACGUGCCUAUCAAGCCGAUAGGUCGAGGCGCAUACGGUGUAGUCUGCUCUUCGGUUAACAGAGAGACCAACGAGAAAGUGGCGAUUAAGAAGAUCCACAAUGUCUUUGAGAAUAGGAUCGAUGCGUUGAGGACACUUAGGGAACUCAAGCUUCUACGCCAUCUUCGACAUGACAAUGUGAUUGCUCUUAAAGAUGUCAUGAUGGCUAAUCAUAAGAGAAGCUUUAAGGAUGUGUAUCUUGUUUAUGAGCUCAUGGACACUGAUCUUCACCAGAUUAUCAAGUCCUCUCAAGUGCUAAGCAAUGAUCAUUGCCAAUACUUCUUGUUCCAGUUGCUUCGAGGGCUCAAGUAUAUUCAUUCAGCCAACAUUCUCCAUCGGGAUCUAAAACCCGGUAACCUCCUUGUGAAUGCAAACUGCGACUUAAAGAUAUGUGACUUUGGGCUAGCGCGGACGAGCAACAACAAAGGACAGUUCAUGACUGAAUAUGUUGUGACUCGAUGGUACCGAGCACCAGAGCUUCUUCUUUGUUGUGACAACUAUGGAACCUCCAUUGAUGUAUGGUCAGUUGGUUGCAUAUUCGCCGAGCUUCUUGGAAGAAAACCGAUAUUCCCGGGAACAGAAUGUCUUAACCAGAUUAAACUCAUCAUUAACAUUUUGGGGAGCCAGAGAGAGGAAGAUCUCGCGUUUAUAGAUAAUCCAAAAGCCAAAAGAUACAUAGAAUCGCUCCCUUACUCACCGGGAAUAUCAUUCUCUCGUCUUUACCCGGGGGCGCACGUUCUAGCCAUUGAUCUGCUUCAGAAAAUGCUCGUUCUUGACCCUUCUAAAAGGAUCAGUGUCACAGAAGCACUUCAGCAUCCGUACAUGGCGCCUUUAUAUGACCCAAAUGCAAACCCUCCCGCUCAAGUUCCUAUUAAUCUCGAUGUUGACGAAGACGAGGAUUUGGGGGCAGAGAUGAUAAGAGAGCUAAUGUGGAAGGAAAUGGUUCAUUAUCAUCCAGAAACUGCUACCAUGAACAACACUGAGCUCUGA